CUUGUGUUUACAUAUACAAACUAUUAACACAGAUAGAUAAAUGUAAACUGUACUAUGUAUUGAUAGGUACACAACUCAAAGAUCAGACUCGGGACCACUCGGGACAAACAUGGCUACGCACUUAACUUUGUGUUUAAUAUUUACUGUAAUAAAAUUGUGUGAGUGUAAAUAUGGAUACGUUAUAUGGUCUGGAGAUAAAGCGAAGGCUGUUGUGACCGAAUAUUACGCCGAUAUCCCCGACGUGCACCUCGCGAAGGCUACGUAUCGAAAUGAAAUUAAUAAUACAGGCUGGGCAUUUCUGGAGCUUCACACAUCCCGAGACUCAAGUGAUGAGAAGCAGGCGUAUGCUGCAGGGUAUCUCGAAGGGUUCCUCACCAGGGACCUGAUGUGGAUGCAUUGGCAAAAUGUACUUAAAGGGUAUUGCUAUAAUAAAACAGAUGUGUGUGGUUUAAUAGAUGACUUCAUAAACACCAACCAACAGUAUACGGCGAGUAUGAUAGAGAAGAACCCGAAUGAUCCAUACUGGUAUCAGGUGAAACUGUAUUACAUCCAGCUGGAAGGUCUAGCUGCUGGAUACAACGCGGCCACCAAGCCCAUGUACGAGUGGCUCACCAUCAGGGAUAUCAUCUGGCUGAACAUGCUAGGUGACCUGGACGAGCUCGCGUUCGCGCUGUCCAUGCCCAAGGAGACACCUGAAGGAUUUUUAUUUGGCGAACACUGCACCGGGCUGGUCAAACUGCUCCCCGGCCUCAAGGACUUGUACACCUCGCAAGUUACUUGGAACAGCUACCAGUCAAUGCUGCGUAUCCAGAAGAUGUACGUGAUGAACUUCAAGCUGCAGCCGGACUCCGCCGAGCUGAUCCCGGGCCGCAAGAUGUCGCUGUCGUCAUAUCCUGGCUUCAUACAAUCCACAGACGACUUCUACAUAACGUCGUCUGGUCUGGUGGCGGCCGAGACCACCAUCGGGAACAGCAACCGCACGCUCUUCGAGAACGUCAAGCCUGUAGGACAGAUAUUGGAGUACGCGCGCGCCAUGAUAGCGAACCGCCUCGCGCGGAGCGGCAAGGAGUGGGUCGAGAUCUUCCGCAGGCACAACAGCGGCACCUACAACAACCAGUGGUACAUAGUGGACUACAAUAAGUUCACUCCGAGCACAUCGAAACAGAAAGGCAAAGUGAAGCCGGGCCUGCUGUGGGUCAUAGAGCAGCUGCCGGGAUACACCGAGGCCGCUGAUCUAACGCAGCAUCUCGUCCGGGAGACGUACUUCCCGUCGUACAACAUCCCGUACUUCCCGCGCGUGUUCAACCUCAGCGGCGGCAACGAGCGAGUCGCCACGUUCGGAGACUGGUUCGGAUACCACACCAACCCGCGAGCCAAUAUCAUCAAGCAGAGACAGGCGGAUAUCAACAACUUGCGCGACAUGUACCACACAAUGCGGUACAACGACUUCCGGCACGACCCGCUGGCUCGCUGCAGCGCGUGCCAGCCUCCCUACAGCGCCUGCAACGCCAUAGCCGCCAGGAACGACCUCAACCCUGCUAACGGCACGUACCCGUUCCGCGCGCUGGGGCACCGCUCGCACGGCGCCACGGACGCGAAGGUCACCAGCGCCUACCUCCGCUCCGCCUUCCUCUUCGUCGCCGUGUCCAGCCCCACGCACAACAUCUCCAGGAACAUACCCCCGUUCAGGUGGAGUGAAUUCGACAUGGGUCCAACUAUAUCACACAUUGGACAUCCAGAUUUGUGGAUGUUCCAACCACUUGUGCACCGCUGGGAGUGGAAUUAGACUAUAUUAUGUGAUAAGAGUCAAUUACUCCACUAAUGUUUAAUCAUUCCGUAUUUUUAAGGCUGAAGGAUUGAUAUUAGUAACUAUACUGUGAUUUUAUUGUUAAAUUUAUUAAUUCUUCUUUUAUUUUUAUGUAUGUGAUACAUAUGGCGUGCCCAAUUGAAGAAUACAUAAGUUAUUCAUAUUCGUGACUGUCAAUAUCACUCUAGGCAAGUCUAUAGAUGGAUUAGGUCCGAAAAUUUGAUCUCAAUCCUUAGACUGUCUCAUGUUAUAGUACAUAAUAUUCUAUUCCAUGGUCUAAAAUUUGUAAUUUUGCGCACUCUGACAUCCAUCAUCCAUAACUCAGUUCGGCGCUUGUGGCUUACUUCACGCUAGUAAUUGACUGCAAUGAUGAUUGUUACCAACUUCAAGCCAGACAAGAUAGCGUCAGCGUACUUUUAGUAGGGUUUUAGAAAUAAAAACAUAUCAAGAAUAAUCACUAUGUAUAUUAGGUAAAUCAAUUAUGAUUUUAUAUGUAACUAGCUUUUGUAUGUUUUAUAAAUAAAUCAUUUUACCUUU